CGCAUGCGCACCAUGUAAACUUUCUUUCUGGACUCCCCUUUCCAUGUGUUGUGGGGGCUUAUGAAAAGUCUAAAUUGUUGAAUCGUACGGUGCGGUUUUCCUCAUCAUGGGAGGGCAGGGUAAGAGUAAAAAGAAAACCAAACCUAGGAGGAAAGACAACCGCCCAAACAAUGAUGCCGGCCUAGUGGGCUUGUCACCUCAGGAGAGAAUGCAAGUGAGAAUGCACGAAAAGGCCAAGAAGAAAACAGCUGCCAAGUACUCUGUUGAGCAACUACUAGAAAAGACUGAAGAAUGUAUGAACAGUUUUGACUUUGAGAUGGCUGGACUCUACUGUCAGCGUGCCGUGGACGUGGAGUCCACCAACCUGCAAGCUCUUGACAUGCUAGGACACAUCUCAUCUGAGCUUGGCGACACAAAGAAAGCUCAAGAAGUUUUUCUGCGUGCUGUGGAGCUGAGCCCGGAUGUUGGCCACAGUAAGUACAUGUACCUGGGACAGCUCCACACAGGCCAGGAAGCUGUUGACUACUACACCAAAGGAAUACAAGUCAUGUUAUCUGCGUUGGACAAACAAGCACAGACCACUGCCCAGGCCAGAGGUGCAACACCUGUAGAUGAGGAUCCUGAACUCCCAACGAUGAAGGAUGUUAGCAUGGCCUACUGCUCCAUCGCUGAGCUUUACCUAACAGAUCUCUGCAUGGAGGAGGGAGCUGCUAACAAGUGCAGCGAGUUCAUUGAGAGAGCAUUGCAGUAUUACCCCGGCAACCCAGAAGGCCUCCAACUCAAGGCCAGCUACUUGUUCAGUACCGAGAAAAAUCAGGAAGGCAAAGAGUACUUGUUGAAGAGUGUCAGACUGUGGCUACCUGCCCAGAAACAGACUGAAGCGUCCUCCAGCCUAGAAGAUGAGGAGCAGAACCAGAUCCCACCGUAUGAGUCCCGCAUCACCACCGCCAAGCUUCUCAUCGAGGGCGAGGAGUACGAGUUGGCAGUGGAAGUACUUGAAGGGCUUCUGGAAGAGGACGAUGAGGUUGUUCAGGUGUGGUAUCUCUCCGGCUGGGUUUGCUACCUGCAGUUAGAGAGAGCCAAAGAGCAGCAGGAAAGAGAGGGGGGAACACUCACAGAGGUGGAGGAAGAGGAGCGGUCAGCGCUCAAGGAGGCGGCCCGAUUGCAUUUGACAAACGCUAAGAAGCUGCACAGCAAGCUACGCUGUGAUGACCAACCGAUGUUGGAGCAUGUGGAGCAGCUGCUGGGCGAGCUCGGAGGAGAGUUGGAGGGCGAGGAGUCUGAAGUGGGGGUUGAUGACGACUAUGAACCUGUUAGUGACGAGGAGGAGGCAAAAGAGGAUACACCUAUGGAACACUGACAAGUCCCCUUGUUUUGUAUCUCUCUAUAAUGUCACAUUUGUCUUUUCAACUCCUAAUAAGUGCCUUUCCAUUGGUCAAACAUCACACUUGUUGAUCGGAGAACCGAAUUCAAGUCGAUUAAAAGCUGCGGCUGACUCAGUCAAUUUAGCAGUAUGUUAAAUGCUUUCUUGGCAUGUUUUUCUCUUCAGCGAUCGCGUAAAACCUUUUUUCGAAUGGGUUUUAAAGCAUUUAACCAAUUGUCAAAGUGGUACGCAAAAACAAAAACACAACUGUGGUAUCUGGAGUUAUGCUCCGAAUCGAUACGCCAGGAUUCAAUACUACAUUCUCUCUGCAACACAUCCAUUUGACCUAUUGCAUUGAGAAGCUGGUUACAACAGGUUACCAAACAAUAAAAACAAGUCUUGUUUCCCACGUGAGGGUCCAAGCUCGUGUCCUCUGCACUUGGACUAAUGCACAUCGUUGACUAACCCAAACUACUGCAAAUUGUCUUUUGCAGGUUGCCUGUCGGGGUCUCACCUCUAUGGCAUGCAGUGUUUGUUAGGUUAUAGGUUUUUUUUUAACAGAUUAUUAGAUUUUACAUUGAAGCAACAUCACUGUCAUUUUGAGACUCUUAGAUGAGAUUGACGCCACUUUUAGAGCCAA